AUGGCCACGGCGGCUUCUAACCCCUACCUGCCGGGGAACAGCCUGCUCGCGGCCGGCUCCAUUGUGCACUCGGACGCGGCAGGGGCCGGUGGCGGCGGAGGUGGCGGUGGCGGCGGUGGCGGGGGAGGUGCAGGGGGCGGCGGCGGCGGCAUGCAGCCCGGGAGCGCCGCCGUGACCUCGGGUGCCUACCGGGGGGACCCGUCCUCGGUCAAGAUGGUCCAGAGUGACUUCAUGCAGGGGGCCAUGGCCGCCAGCAACGGCGGCCAUAUGCUGAGCCACGCGCACCAGUGGGUCACGGCCCUGCCCCACGCCGCCGCCGCCGCCGCCGCUGCCGCCGCCGCCGCGGUAGAGGCGAGCUCGCCGUGGUCGGGCAGCGCGGUGGGUAUGGCCGGCAGCCCCCAGCAGCCGCCUCAGCCGCCGCCGCCACCACCGCAGGGCCCCGACGUGAAGGGUGGCGCCGGGCGCGAUGACCUGCACGCCGGCACAGCGCUGCACCACCGCGGGCCGCCGCACUUAGGACCCCCACCGCCGCCCCCGCAUCAGGGCCACCCCGGGGGUUGGGGGGCUGCCGCCGCUGCAGCCGCCGCCGCUGCAGCCGCCGCCGCCGCCGCCCACCUCCCGUCCAUGGCCGGGGGACAGCAACCACCACCUCAGAGUCUACUCUACUCGCAGCCCGGGGGCUUCACCGUGAACGGCAUGCUGAGCGCACCCCCAGGGCCCGGAGGAGGCGGCGGCGGCGCAGGUGGCGGCGCCCAGAGCCUAGUGCACCCAGGGCUGGUGCGCGGGGACACACCGGAGCUGGCCGAACACCAUCACCACCAUCACCAUCACGCACACCCGCACCCGCCGCACCCGCACCACGCGCAAGGACCCCCGCACCAUGGUGGCGGGGGUGGCGCCGGGCCCGGACUCAACAGCCACGACCCGCACUCGGACGAGGACACACCAACGUCGGACGACCUGGAGCAAUUCGCCAAGCAGUUUAAGCAGCGGCGCAUCAAGCUGGGCUUCACGCAGGCGGACGUGGGGCUGGCGUUGGGCACGCUGUACGGCAACGUGUUCUCGCAGACCACCAUCUGCCGUUUCGAGGCCCUGCAGCUAAGCUUCAAGAAUAUGUGCAAGCUCAAACCGCUGCUGAACAAGUGGCUGGAGGAGGCGGACUCGAGCACUGGCAGCCCCACCAGCAUCGACAAGAUCGCGGCCCAGGGCCGCAAGCGCAAGAAGCGGACCUCUAUCGAGGUGAGCGUCAAGGGCGCGCUCGAGAGCCACUUCCUCAAGUGCCCCAAGCCCUCGGCGCAGGAGAUCACCAACCUGGCCGACAGCCUGCAACUCGAGAAAGAGGUAGUGCGGGUCUGGUUCUGCAACCGGCGCCAGAAAGAGAAGCGCAUGACACCGCCCGGGAUCCAACAACAGACGCCGGACGACGUCUACUCGCAGGUAGGCACCGUGAGCGCCGACACCCCACCACCGCACCACGGGCUGCAGACGAGCGUGCAGUGA